CCUCUCCGUGCGACUGUUUUGUCCAUCGUCUUCGUCUGGAUAUACGGGCUGCUCUUCAUCGCCUCGACGACCGCCUUCAAUUCUAUUGUCACAUCAGCUAAUAUAACGUACUCCAUCCCUCAGGGCAUUUUGCUGUUCCGCGGCCGCUCGAUCCUGCCUACCCCAGCCCUGAACUUAGGACACUUUGAGCUUUUUUGCAACAUCUUCUCUCCCAUUGCAGUAACGGCGAUUGUCAUUUUCAACUGUUUCCCUACCUUUAUCCCGACCGAAGUUUCUACCAUGAAUUGGUCCAGUGUUGUUUUAGUGGGACUUUUUGGAGCUAUCGUUGCACUGUGGCUUGCUAUUGGGAGAAAAACAUUCCGCGGUCCCAACGUAGACAUAGACAUAAUCAGCGCUGCAGGAAAACCAGUUCUUGAAGAAGGAACUCGCUUGAGUGGGGAGGUGACUCGG